AUGGCGAUCGCUUGCUGUCCAGGAUCUGCAAUCGUGGCCGAGAUAGUGUCCCGAAUGCUCAAAUCGGUGACGGAAUUUCAAAAAUUCCUGAAAUACGUUGUCAAUUGGCAGAUCGAUUUGGCAAAGAAGGAGGAAGUGGGAGCGAAGAUAUGCGAAAAGUUCGCCGAGGUUCUGGAACAAUGCUUGCGCCUCCUCUUCUAACAUCAUC